AGGGCGGCGAGCACGCAAGCCGAGCGGCUGACGUGGGACGAGCUGCCAGGUAGCGGAAGCAGCCAGCCGCCGGCGGAGACACUUCGCAGCGUGGCAGCCCGGGUCUGCGCCUGAAGCCUCCGGAUCCCAGCCAGCUUGGUCCAACCCUCGCCAGUCGCAAUCCCCUGUGUCCAAGCCAAUCUACGCCGAGAGCGGCAGCAUGCAUGCAGUGUCGUGCCCCGGGUUCUGAAAGCAGCCCGUGAACAAGCUUGCUUGCCUGUCUUUUCAGGUUUUGGGGCUCUUGGCUACACGGAUGUGCCUCCCUCCCUUGGCAUGAUGGGGAUCUUUUUGGCGUCUGUUGGAUUUGUGUUCAUUUCCGUGUUAUAUGUACAACAAGGGCUUUCUUCUCAAGCAAAAUUUACCGAGCUUCCGCGGAACGUGACUGCGACCGAGGGACAAAAUGUGGAGAUGUCCUGUGCAUUCCAAAGCGGCUCCGCUUCAGUGUACCUGGAGAUCCAGUGGUGGUUCCUUCGGGGACCAGAGGACCUGGAGCAUGGAACCGAGGCGGCCGGCUCUCAGGUGGAGCUCUUACCCGACAGAGACCCGGACAACGACGGGACCAAGAUAAGUACAGUGAAAGUCCAAGGCAAUGACAUCUCCCACAAGCUUCAGAUUUCCAAGGUGAGGAAAAAGGACGAAGGCUUAUACGAGUGCAGGGUGACCGAUGCCAACUACGGGGAGCUACAGGAACACAAGGCCCAGGCCUACCUGAAAGUCAAUGCCAACAGCCAUGCGCGGAGAAUGCAGGCCUUUGAAGCCUCACCCAUGUGGCUACAAGACAUGAAGCCUCGAAAGAAUGCGUCAUCCGUGGUUCCCAGCAGCAUCCACAGCUCUGCCAACCAACGAACGCACUCCACCUCCAGCCCUCAAGCGGUAGCCAAAAUCCCCAAACAAAGUCCACAAUCAGUGCAUGCCAAGACAUUCAUGAGCAGCAGAGCCAAGCUGGCGAGCUAAUUAAAUAUAUAUAUGUAUGUGUUUAAAACAGCCUAAUAAGGAGCAUUGGAAAUCUUCAAGAUGAGCGAAUAUCUUAUAACUUCUUCCGCAGGUGCGAGGAUAGCUACAAGCCAUGGACUUUCUGUCCUGCUUCUUGUUUGUGGCUUUGUGAAGGGUGCUUUGCUUUAAUCUAAAGUGCUGACUUUUUUCCAAUAUCACUUUCUCUUCUUAAAGCAAAGAGCAAAUCGCCUGUAAAAUCUACGGAGCGGACAGCAAAGUUGACCCUAAACUCCAAGCACCAUUCUGCACCCCUGUACUCUAGUUACCUACACAAGGAGCAUCAGCUUCCGGAAGCAUAAGCGAAGAGGCUAUUACACGCUUUAUUGAUAGUAUUUUCUUUGGGAAGUCGCUGAUCUUUUAUUUGAAGAGAAUUAAUGUGAAGCGAUAGGACAUUUUCUAAUAACAAGAUCUGUUUUUUUUGUUGUUGUUGUUUUCUUUCAACAAAUAAAAUUUACAUUUCACUAACUGCUCAGGAGUUGGCCUGAAAGUCAUCAGUAUAGUAGAUAUUUCCAUGGAUUCCACCAAUUUCCUACUAAGGGACACCUAAUCCGAAUGAAGCAAACAAAGAUGGCAAGCCUAAGACAUGCAAACUAUCUUCAAGCAGCACCCCAGCUGGGGAAACAAAAAAACAAAAUGCUGGACUCUGCGGAUCAACAACAUGCAACUUUAUUUUACAUAAGGAAGAAUCAGAGCAAUUUUUUUUUUUUUUGGAAAAAAAAAAACCUUCUUUUUCCCCCGUGGAAUCUUUCCUGGAGUUUCCCUUCUUUUCCUUGAUUGCCGUUCUUGUUCCGUGGUAGCAAGUGCCAAUUAUGGCCAAUCCUAGUCAAUCCUGGGAGGUUUAUAUUCAUACAUAUUGAGUGUGCUAUAUUUCAAUGUAUUUUAAUUCAUUUUUGCAAUUUCUGUAUAUGCAAACCUGGCAAAUUCUGUAAAUUGCUUCUAGUAUGUGUGAUAUGACUUCAAGGUAGAUAGAUAUGACCCUCAUGCAAGCUGACUUUCUUCAUUCUAUAUGCAAAUAUAUCCACGAUCAUAUAUUAGGCCACCAGCUUCUUUUCCUAAAGCAUUAUUUUUCUUUUAUAACUCACGUAUUGUGUGAAUUCUGUAGUGUGUUUCUCUGUUCCACUGGUUUGAUAGCUACGGUUUGUCUCUGUUGUCCUCUGCUUCCUCCUGGAAAAUGCAUAUUUAAAUUGUAUAUGUCUCUGAUAAAUGAAUUAAUUUUGUUGUGUAUAUGCCAUGUUGGAAUUUGCUGCGUUCUUUUAUAUGUGUGUUUAUUGAGGUUUGGGGAUCUCGAGUCCGAAGAAUGCACACCCUGGUUUUGACAAAUCUCCUCAUGUUAUCAAUAUUCUGUCUCGGAAAAAGAAUGAGGCCAAGUGGGAAAAUUGAAGAAGAUAUUUUGACUCAGGUUCCUGGAAGAGUACUUCACAUUCAGACUAAAUAACGCUGCUUCCUUUGUUCUUCAAGAAUUUUUUAGCUUUGUCAUUCUGUUAUUUGCUGCUAAUUAUAUUUUAAUGUCUACUAAUUAAAAUUUAAAAUGUGAUUGUUGGCUGAAUACAAUAUGCAAAUGACUGCAAACCCCGUACUAAAGAAGAUAGGUGUUCAAUCGUCACUCAUUAAUCAUAGUUUUAAAUAUUCUGUUGUUAUUUUUGACUUUAUUAAUGUUGUUUAGACCCAUUCUAAAUCAAUCUUUCUCUGGCAAAGAAAGAUAUAACAAUUAAUACAGUCCCUCUUACAAAAUAGAAUAGUUACAGUUUGAGAAAAAAACACAUCCAGAUAGUCUUCCAGAGAAAUUAUUAUAUUUGCUUUCAGUAUGAAUUCAGAACACCAUCUGUGUUGGAAUGGUCCAUUCCCAGCUUAAGGUUCUAAAUUGAAGCUUGAAGGCUGUGAAUACCUUUGAUUUUUUUUAAGGUAAAGGGCUGGACUCUGCCAUUCUAUAAGCAAUGUGUAUAUUUUCAUAACAUUCUUGAUAUUCUCUUUUAAGAAGUAUUGUUUUAUGCUAAAUCUUUCCUUGCCAUUUUUCUUGUUUCAUUUGAUUCAUUAUUUCAUUCUAGUGAGAAAAAUAAAGGUUUAAUUGUGAUACUUUAUUAACACACAAAUGUAUUUUCUUUCAAAGUUAAAUAUCUGAAAGUUGUUUAGAAUGAUAGGUAAAUAUUACCUGUUAAGUCUCUUUGAGCUUAAAGAAUGCCAUACAUGAAGGUAUAUAUUAAUAUUCUGAUUUAAAGUCAACGAUACUUGGAAAAACCAUCAUGUAUUCUAUUUUUACUCAAUGUCCAAUUAAUGAUAUUAGCCAAGUCUACGUAAGCCAAACUUGUAUCCAUAUCAGCAAUGUUCAUCAUGCUUGUAAUAAAAGAGCACAUGCUAGUUUGGGAAGAAUGCUCACUAGAUUCAUUGUAUCAGUGUCCAAAAUAAUAAAGACCUGUGUAUCACUGUG